CCUUGGGCGGGUUAGGUGGGUGGAUGCGUGUGUCUGCACUUCUUUCAUCUUCUUUUUCUCCACAGAGAAUCACAAACCACCUAUGGGUUCAAUGGCGUGGGAAAAGAUACGAGAGAAGCAGCCCCAAUGUGACACAACUGAGCCCCAAGGGAGUCGUCUUUAUCAGGAUGGCAGGAGCAAGAAUGAACAAACCUCCUAAUCCAGGAUGUAAGAUUAUGACUUUUAGACCAACUAUGGAUGAGUUCAAAGAUUUUAACAAAUAUAUAUCAUAUAUGGAGUCUAAAGGAGCUCACCGAGCAGGAGUCGCUAAGGUAAUUCCCCCAAAGGAGUGGAAGCCAAGACAAAAUUAUGAUGCUAUUGAUGACAUGGUGAUUCCAGCACCUCUUGAGCAAACCGUCUUUGGGAAGGCAGGAUUUUAUGUUCAGUACAACACCCCGAGAAAACCAAUGACUGUGAAAGAAUACCGACAAUUAGCAAACAGUGACAGGUACCGUACCCCAAAACAUGAGAAUUUUGAAGAAUUGGAACGAGAAUACUGGAAGAAUAUAACCUUUAGGGCACCACUCUAUGGAGCAGAUGUCAAUGGAAGCAUAUUUGAUGAAGGUGUUGACCAAUGGAACAUUGCCCACCUGAACACCAUUUUGGAUAUCCUGAAGAAUGAGUAUGGUAUUUCUGUUGAGGGAGUGACUACCCCAUAUCUCUAUUUUGGCAUGUGGAAGACUACAUUUCCAUGGCACACCGAAGACAUGGACCUCUACAGCAUUAACUAUGUUCAUUUUGGAGAGCCCAAAUCCUGGUAUGCCGUAUCACCAGAGCAUGGGAAACAACUUGAAUGUCUAGCACAAGGAUUCUUCCCCACUAACUUUCAGGAGUGUAACUCAUUUCUUCGCCACAAGUUGACACUACUAUCUCCUAAUACACUGAAAAAAUAUGGUAUUCCCUUUAACAGGAUCACCCAGGAGGCUGGCGAAUUUAUGAUAACUUUCCCAUAUGGGUAUCAUGCUGGUUUUAAUCAUGGAUUUAACUGCGCGGAAUCAACAAAUUUUGCCACACUCAGAUGGAUCGACUACGGAAAAGUCUGUAAUUUGUGCACCUGCAGAAAUAAUGUAGUUGAAAUUCCAAUGGAUAUCUUUGUGAAGAGAUUUCAGCCAAACAGAUAUCAGCUUUGGAAAGAAAACAUGGAUCUAUACCCUAUUGAUCACAUUAAAUCUACUCCAACUUCAAUGUCAGAAAUAGAGACCUGGAUGCAGAAAAACAAAACAAAAAAAAGAUUACUUUCCAGAAGCACCCAGCCUGGCAGAUCUCAAUCUGUAAGGAUUAAAACUUCGACGGCUGAGCAAAUACGAGCUACGUUAGCUGGUACAAAAGUCACAGCCAUGGAAGCAGCUACAACUGACUUCAAGGUCAGCGAAAAGCCAGCAGAAAAGGCGAGGCAGGUCAACACAGAAGUGCCUUCUGGGAAAGAGAAGAUCAUUAAUGUGAUGAACCAAGGUCAGAAUGUAUUGGGUAGCAUCAAGGACUCAGGAAUCGGCUGUUCAGGAUCCUAUUCUGAUCUUGCAAAGCAGAAUGUAAAAAUGGAGACCAACCAAGUUAAUGCCAGGAGUGUUUAUGGUACUGCCAUUAAACUCCCAUAUUAUUUAGGAAAAUAUUCAAACCGUAAGACUGAGGCUGAACAGGCCCAAUUAUGCAAGAUAUUUGGAACCUACCAGGAAAAGCACCUGGAGAAAGAAGUUAGUAGUGAGACAUCUGAGAAAGAUGCCACCAACUCCAAAGGCACUGAUAUUCGCUCAGAUUCACAAAGCAUGUCACCAGUAAUCAAGAAAAAGAAGCUUUCCUUGACACUGUUGCAAUUUAGGUGCAAUGUAGCAGGAGAAAGGAGCUCCAGCUCAUCCAAAGAAUUAUCAGUUAGAACUCCAGGGACCCAAGACUCAGCAAAUAAUAAAGCAGGGUUCACUGGAAGCUCAAGUGGAAUCGACCAAGUUUGACUGUGAAAUUGGUGGAUAAAAAUUUUAAAAAAAAGCAUUCAAAGAACCCCAUAUAUUAUGUCUCCCCAAGCCAGAGUUGGGGAUAUGAAAUAUCCCAAGUUAAGGCUAAUGGUUACACAGAACUGAAGUUCAGAAUAAAUUGUUUGUUCAACCAUUGAUUGACCUCUCUAUCCACGAGACAGUUACUUUGACUCACUGCUCUGUAGUUAUUACAUUUGUAAACUAACAUGAGUAACACUGUCUAUCAUAUUUAAGAUUAACCUUUAAGAUUCCUUUAAAAUUAAAAUAAUAUGGGUUAAUAAAACUGCUUCUUGUCUUACA